CAGACCUUCUCGAAGCUUCCUCCCUCCUCCCCCCAAAUCCCUUCCCCUUGCUCCUCUUCCAAAUCCGCCGCCGCCGCCGCAGAUUCCCUAGCUCCCAGGAGGUACAGCUCCUCCCACAGCCUCACGGAAGGGUAGAAGGAGGAGGUGCGGUUGAUUUUAUUCAGUUUUUUUUCCCCCCUUCCCGUUUCUCCGGCGGUGGGGGGCCAGAGGGGCUGAUCAUGGUCGUGUGCCGCCGCCGUCUUGCAGAGAUUUCCCCCAACCGCCACCGACGAUCCUUCACUUGGCACAAAGGGGAGUAGCACUGUGCAAAGCUGUUGUGGUCCGUCAAGGGAGAUUGGCCAACCUGUGGGGUUUCAAAUCGACAUAAGUACGUCAGUAUUCUGACCAUCCAUCAAUCUGGCGGUUCAUAGUUCUGCACUUACAACUUUGGUGCCAGAAAGGAGAGAGCAAAGUGAUUUGCUGUCUCCUGUUGAUUGUGGCCUGUUGAGGCCCAGUGAUGGCAGAUGCUAGUUCAAGGACUGACACAUCGAUUGUUGUAGACAACGACGACAAAAACCACCAGUUAGAAAACGGACAGAGUGGUGCAGUCAUGGCUUCUAACUCUUCAGAUAGAUCUGACAGAUCCGACAAACCUAUGGACCAAAAGACAAUGCGGCGGCUUGCUCAAAAUCGUGAGGCGGCAAGAAAAAGCCGGCUUAGGAAAAAGGCAUAUGUACAACAACUAGAGAGCAGUAAGCUGAAGCUUGCACAGCUAGAGCAAGAGCUCCAGAAAGCUCGCCAGCAGGGAAUCUUCAUCUCUAGCUCUGGAGACCAAACCCAUGCCAUGAGUGGAAAUGGGGCAUUAACCUUUGACUUGGAAUACACAAGAUGGCUUGAGGAGCAAAAUAAGCAGAUAAAUGAGCUGAGGACAGCGGUGAAUGCUCAUGCAAGUGACAGUGACCUCCGUCUUAUCGUCGAUGGCAUAAUGGCACAUUACGAUGAAAUAUUCAAGGUCAAGGGUACAGCUGCAAAGGCUGACGUGUUUCAUAUACUUUCAGGCAUGUGGAAGACACCUGCAGAAAGGUGCUUCCUGUGGCUCGGUGGUUUCCGUCCAUCUGAACUUCUAAAGCUCCUAGCUAAUCACCUCGAGCCUUUAACUGAGCAGCAGUUACUGGGAUUAAACAACCUACAGGAAUCUUCUCAGCAGGCGGAGGAUGCACUAUCACAGGGUAUGGAAGCACUGCAGCAAUCUUUGGCAGAUACUUUGGCUGGAUCUCUUGGUUCAUCAGGGUCUUCUGGGAAUGUGGCGAACUACAUGGGUCAGAUGGCAAUGGCCAUGGGUAAACUAGGAACGCUCGAGAAUUUCCUUUGCCAGGCGGACAACCUGCGGCAGCAGACCUUGCAUCAAAUGCAACGAAUUCUGACGAUCCGACAAGCCUCGCGUGCUCUUCUUGCCAUACACGAUUACUUUUCACGCUUGCGUGCAUUGAGUUCCCUGUGGCUUGCUAGGCCACGGGAGUAACAAAUGGUCGAGUUCCUGUGACGAGGUUUGGAGAACACUCAUUAUGAUGGACUGCAGAUAAUUGGGGUUUUCCCUGUACAAUUGUUAAAGCUGUACCUAAAUUAAACUGGUGUAUGCAAGUAGGUGAAGCCUCUAAGUAAGUUAUAAUGAUUGCAUUAUUGUGUUAGCAAUAAAAGUUAGGGGUAAAUCAGGAUGGGUCCUGAGCUGUUUUGUUGUAGUAGAACUGUACCUAGUGGCUGGAAAUGCAUUGUUGAAUGUAACUACAGAAACAGAAAUACUGUUCACUUUGCAUGAUAUUGUGUAAUACUCCAAUCAGCUAAGGUAGCGAUUAGCACUCCUUUGUGAAGCUGAAACUGCAACCUGGCAAGCACAGGUACAAAAGACUGCAUGGUAAAUGAAAAACAAUGAUGGACACAUUCAUUGUUAAGAAGUCAUUACAUGUAA